AUGGCCGCCGAACGUGGGGCAGAUGCCGAAGCGCGCAGGCCGAGCGAGAGCUGCAGACAGCCGGCGGGCGAGGAUGAUCCAGCAGCGGCGAUGAUUGUCUGGCCGCGAGUCACCAUAUCUAUCAUCGCCCCCAACCAUGAACUCGACCAAGAACUCCUCACCCUCGACCUUCCCCCCGGUCUUUCGAUAGCCGACCUCAAAGCCUUCGUCACCGCCGAGACCAACUUCCCCCAAGCGACUCAGCAGUUCUACCUCAACAACCAAGUCAUCUCCGGCGACAACAAGACCUUAGAAGAAGCUGGGAUCAAGGAUGGCGACAUGCUAGCUAUGCUCAUGCGUCAGCCACAGCAACAACAGAACAACAUGGGGUCACAGCGACGUCAGCCGCAACAGCAGCAGCAGCAGCAGCAGAGGGGACCCACGAGCCCGCAAGAGAUCGAGACCACUCGUCUGAGCAUACUGGGAAACCCAGGCGCCAUGGCUCAAGUGCGGUCGAACAAGCCAGCACUGGCAGAGGCCAUCAACGACAGCGAGCGCUUUCGUGAGGUGUGGUUGGAGAUGUUGCGAGAAGAUGCGGAUCGUGAGAACGAGCGGAUGGAGCAGAUGAGGCUGCUGAACGAGGACCCGUUCAACAUCGAGGCACAAGCAAAGAUCGAGGAGAUGAUCCGGCAGCAGUCGGUGCAGGAGAAUCUGCAGUUUGCAUACGAGCACAGCCCAGAGGCCACGAUCGACCUCAAGCAAAACAAGCUCAUCUUCGGUGACGACAAUGAGGUGAGCUUCUUGGGAGAGGCCGACAUUCCAAAGUAUAUGGAGGAAGCCGAGCCCACCAUCGCUGGACCAAACGGCACAGAGAUUGGCGCUCAGUCGGGCACCGUCAAGCCAGCUGGAAGCUCCAGUGCUGCUGCAUCGUCUUCUGGCACGAAUGGCUCGUUCCAGGGUCAAGGUCAGACGCUUGGAGCAGGAAAGGCACCUGCAGGAUCGAGCACACCCGCAGCCUCGGCAGGUGCGGCGCCAGCAGCAUCACGGCAUCCCAAAGAAGCCAUCGAUCAGUUGAUAGGGCUGGGAUUCAACCGGCAGCAAGCCAUUGCAGCGCUGGAUGCGUGCGAUGGCAACGUCGAGUAUGCGGCUGGUCUUCUGUUCCAAGGCUGA